AAAAAGCAGCAGAUCAAACCCCGACUUCCCCGUUACACCUUCUCAGUCACUGGUGAUCACAGCGGUAACAUGUCUGAGGAUGAUGUCUUGUACUCUGAAGUCAAGUUCACACGUCGGAGGGGAAACACUGAUAGGAUGGCUUCCUCACCGGCGACCUCGGAAGUCAGGAUCUUGAGCACUGAGCCACCCUCAGAGCUUCCUGUGCAUACCCCUCCUGCUCAACAACUACUGGCAUCAAACAGCCGAUCCAAAGUCACGCCGGAGAGAGCGGCCUUCGUACUCCUCGGCGUCCUCGUGGCAGCGGCUGUCAUCGCUCUAGGCCUGACCUCUUAUAAAACCAUGGGACAUCUCCAAAAACUGACAGAUGAGGUUGAUGCUCUCGGGAGAAAUCUCAGAGAAAUUCUCCAAAAUCUGACAGAUAAGCUUGAAGGACAGGGAAACAAAGUCACAGAUGACUCACGUCCAGAGUGUGAAGAGGGCUGGAAGCAACAUGGAGCAGAGUGCUAUUAUUUCUCCACCAACAAGUCAACCUGGGGGGAGAGCAGCCGCGCAUGUAGCUGUCGAGGAGGAACUCUGGUUCGGAUAGGCAGCAGAGAGGAGCAGGAAUACCUGGAGGGGGAACUGAGAAGAAACCAUGCUCGUGGCAAGUUCUGGAUCGGACUGACGGACUUGAAGAAGGAGGGGACAUGGUUGUGGACAGACGUCUCACCACUGGACCCGAGUCUGGCAUUUUGGAAGCCCUAUGAGCCAGACGACUGGAAAGGAAACAAUUUGGAAUAUCCUGAUGGAGAGGACUGUGCGGCGAUGGAGGGAAACAGAGCUGUUGACCUGAAGUGUUGGUUUGAUCAACUCUGCAGUGUGACUCACGGGCAUAUUUGUGACAAACCAGCACAAACUAGUCGUUCGAAGUGCGUCUGAAGAUCUGGUAAUCAAGCUCAUGCAGAGUGUAAUUGUUUGUAACCUGAAAGCAUUUCCGAAAAAAUAAAAGUGAGUGUUAUAAAACAUGCAGCACAA